CCGACGGUUAUCAACGCCAUUAAAAUCGGAAGAGAAAAUCAAAACAAUAUUCGAUAACCUAUUCGUUUCGCUGGUUUUAAAAAAAGUACACUAUUUACAAACUAAUAUGGACGGCUGAUCAAGUGUCGCUUCAGCUACGUAGUGAAUUGUUCAACAGUUAGCGAUUGUAAACGCAAACGGACGAUAGUUAGAAAUACGUAUUAAUAUACUUAGGAAGUGUGCGGACGAACUUGUUCCUGGGAAGGUCAAGAAAUUUGAGACGAUACAAAUAGUGUUUAUAAAUCAAAUUAAGACCUCCAAACGACAGAUGAUGUACCGGCUGCGCUAAGUACAGUCAAAAAAUGCACGAUAAUACAAAAAUGGAGAUUCCUGAUAUUCAAGACAGCAUUUCGGAGGCAAGCUUCGUGACGAGCGUUGAAGAAGCUACUCGUAUCGACCAAUGUACGCAGACCCCUCCGAGCGGGAAGCCCCGAUCACGCACGCUCCAAAGGUACAACACCACCGACCACAUCUACGAGCGAUCACCAAAUAAGCAUUACCGUCAAAUCCACCGACCAAAGAGCUUAGGUCUCAGCGAUUCUUACCCGUUUUUUGGGAAACCGCCAAGCUAUGAUAGUGGAUAUGCGCCUGCAAAAUACAAAGUUAACGCAUCUGACAGUCCGACGAUAUCAGUGACCCCGCCACAUAGCUUGGAAUACGUUUGCUCCAAAGGAGGGGCGAGUCCAAACGGUUGUGCGACCCCAAACGGGAUGAAUUCAAGGACUAGUGCAACAACAGUGCUACUUAGUCCCACGUAUUUGCAGGGCUGUCAGUGUAGUCAGUCUAUAAAGAGUGUAAGCGAAGUGGCUCUGACAAUGCCAACUUCGCCAGGAUGGAAUGAAGAAGCAGCAGCAAACAACUCCCCCGAUGGACUAUCGUGGAGGAGACUUCAUAUGUCACGGGCAAAACUCAAAGCCACAGCUACUACCUCGGAAUUAUUAUCAGGUUUCGCCAUGGUAGCGAUGGUGGAACUUCAAAUCAACGAGCCAACAAAUGUGCCAGAAUGGCUCUUCGUUAUGUUUGCCGUCUGUACCACAGUAUUAGUAGCUGUCCACAUCUUCGCUCUUAUGAUCUCCACUUAUUUAUUACCUAAUAUCGAUGCUGUAAGCAAGAUGGAGACGCCUGGAGGACCUACGAGUGCUCUACGGGAUUCACCCCAUGAAAGGAUGAGAGGCUUCAUUGAAUUGGCGUGGGCGUUUAGUACUGUCUUAGGUUUAUUCCUAUUCCUGGUGGAGAUAGCGAUACUCUGCUGGGUCAAGUUCUGGGAUUAUUCCUUCGCGGCGGCCACUGCAGCCACUGUCAUUGUUAUACCAGUGUUAAUAGUAUUCGUAGCGUUCGCAAUCCACUUCUACCACUCUCUAGUGGUGCAGAAGUGCGAGACUUCCGUCCAGGACAUAGAGCAGCUGGAGAACAUGAAGAGGGACCUCGACACGGCUACCGUUAAAGUUAAUAUGUAUUGAAUAAUGUGAAAUUAAUAUCAAAAGGUUUUUGACGACCUCUGUGGAAGUGGUUUGCCAUCGGUUUUUAUGGCCAUCACUGAUGUCCCGGGUUCGAUCCCGGCCGGGCCAAUGUAGAAAUUAACUUUUCUAUAUUGUCUCGGGUCUGGGUGUUUGUGGUACCGUCGUUGUUUCCGAUUUCCAUAACACAAGAGCUUUAGUUACUUACUUUGGGAUCAGAGCAACGUAUGUGAUGUUGUCUAAUAUUUAUUUAUUUAUAAAAGGUUUGAAUUUUUGCUUCAAUUAAACAAUUGAAUUUUGCUUCGAGGCCAUUGGCUCCGUUUCCGACAGUAGCGCCGCGCAUAGCACCUGAAAUUAUUUCGAAACUUUGCAACGAAAACGAAUCUCAAAUAACGAUUUUAAAAUUUCAAUAUAAAGUCAUUUUAAGCUUAUUAAUACAAAGAUCGAACAAUAAAAAACUCCUUCGAUCCGGCUAAUUUCGAACCAUAAGCCUUAGUACACCGUGACUGGAGCACUUCCAACUGGCUACGGAGCGAACCAUCGACCUUACGAAUUUUUCUAUGUACUUGUUGCAGAUCUUUGUUUUUGGUUUUAAAUGACGUAACGCCAUCUGUGAAAAAUGUAUCAAAGUUUUCUUCACUCAGCUUUAUAAUUUUAAACUGCUGGCAACAAGUACAGUUAGCGAGAAAAAUACUAACCUAUCUAAGUAAUCAUUUAGAGAUUGUAAAUAAAAAUUCCGUCUCAAAAGACAUUAAUUAGGUACUUUUAAUAUGUUAAUUUUUAGUAAUAAAAUAAUUGAUAAAAAAAGAUCACAAUUUUUAAAUAUAUUGUACUUAGAAUUAAAGUUUAAUACCAUCGACGUUUAAAACUAGGUAG